AAUUAAAACAAAUGACAUUAUAGUUUUAUUUGAUGGUAUUAAUUUUUUUUAAUUGCAAAAAAGUAAAUUAUAUAUUUUUAAAAAUUAAGAAUUAAUUUAAAUAUAAAAAGAGUACAAUUUGAAUAUUUUUUAAAAAUUGAGAAUGGAAUCAGCCAUUUUAACCACUUAAAAAAAUCGCAAGUGUCGUUAUCUUGAGGCAAGACAGUUUACUAGGUCUGCACAUUCUGUAAUUUCCUCUUCUAAAAGUCAACUAAUCAAGUUCAAAGACACCUUUGCCUGGUUUGCAAGUAUUUUGUUGGCUAUAAACACCAUUCUUGUAGGAUUUGACUAACCAGAAUCUUAUAAAGAGCACCAUAAUCUUCAAAGCAUACACCAACACACACUUUUCAAUCAUGAAAUCUCCAUCCACCUUCCUCCCCUACUUUUGUUGCCUCACUUUACUGUUGCUUCUUCCUUUCUGUGGCCGAGCUGCUGACUCUGAUUCAUUACAGGACUUCUGCGUUGCUGAUUUUAAAUCCUCCAUCAUCGUUAAUGGCUUUCCUUGCAAACCAGUUUCUCAAGUAACUUCAGAUGAUUUCUUCUUUGAUGGUUUUAGCAAACCGGUUAAACCAAACCAGUUUGGCAUAGCAGGAAUUGCAGGUAAUGUUCUUGCAUUUCCAGCGUUGAACACAUUGGGAAUAUCAAUGAACAGAGUAGAAUUUUCUCCUCAAGGACUCAACCCACCACACUCACAUCCUCGCGCAGCAGAAGUUGGGGUUGUUAUCCAAGGAGAGCUCCUUGUAGGGUUCCUAACAACCAGCAAUGUAUUCCACUCAAAAGUUUUGAAGGCAGGGCAUAUGUUUGUGGUACCUCCAGGUCUGAUUCACUUCCAGAUGAAUGUGGGUAAAGGAAGGGCUCUUGCCUUCACAGCUUUCAACAGCCAAUUGCCAGGUGUUGCAGCUAGCUCCUCUAUCUUCAAUUCGACACCUCCAAUUCCUAACAAAGUAUUAACCAAGGCCUUCCAUGUAACGGAUGAUGUUAUCAACAUCAUAAAAUCUAAGUCUGCACACCCUUAGUUCCACAAUGUAUAAGCAUCUAAUAAUGCAUGGUAUUGUUCCGAUCUCAUGCUUUGGUAUUUUAAGUGCUAUUAAUUGUGAUCCAUGAAACUAGAAAGCUUACUCGUGAAAAAAGAGUUUAUUAUGUUCUACAUACCCUUAUAAUUUGGUAUAAUUAUGUUAAUCACAAGUUCUAGGAAUGUAAGUCUGUACCAUAGGUGUGGGCUUGUAGUGGUUUACAAUCCAAAACAAUGUAUAUUAAUGUUCGACACUGUAAUGAUACGAGGAAAAUAGAUUGAAGAAA